UUUUCAUCGGAAGGCAUGCAGAAGCCAUUCAGCGCACCAUUACCUAAAAAGUGCUUCACUGAGAAGGCGCAGGCUCCUAUUUUUAAAACCAGCUUUCCCUGGCAAGCUCAGAAAAGCGGUUCCAGGAAGAGACUCCUGAUAUGCCAUCGAUGGCCGAUUACAUGGCUUCCGAAGCCCCAAGCUGCAGCAUUUGGAGGCCCAGUGGUCCCUCUCUAUUAAGAGUUGGAUGUGUGGCCAGUCUAGUGGCCAAAUGUUAGCCCCGGGCAGCGCGGAAGGGCAGUGCGUGUGUGUAUUCAUCACGUCCGACUCUUCCAUCUGGACCAAGAAGGUGUGUGAGCUGAGAGGCGUUGGGAACUCAGGUGUGCGUGUGGGAAGUAAGUCCUUCAGCCUCCCAAUCCGGCUCAUUGACAACCGCGGUCAGCAGGUGCCUGUGGGCGAGCAGGAAUACGUGGGAACGGUCCUCUUUCACGCUUCAGAAGGAAUCGCCUGGCACCCAGUUUGCAAGUUUCCAAAUGUUAUGUGGAGAGUGAACCGAAGACAGUGUUACCCAGUGGAAAAAAUACGUGCCGGCCUGCUGUGUGAACGUACCUUCUCUGCGCCUCAAGUCCUCACGGUAUUAGAGUUUUAUUUGUGCUCAGUCACAACAGCUGCUGUGGUUGUGAAUGUCUUGAGAGUUUCCUGUUCUGUCAUUGAUGUCGGUGGAGCGACUGGUCACAUGCACAUCCCCAUUCCUGGAAAAUUGUUUCCAGAGAUCCACAAAGGAUUAUCGUCAUUUCGAACUUCCAAGGUGUUUGCAAAUACUUACGUCUCUGCAAAUCCCCAGUUGCUGGUGGAUUUGGCCAGAAGUUGGGGACUAACAUUUAAAUCCACUUUAUCCUUCAUCCCGCUGAUCUGCACUCCACUGCCAAAUCCUUUCAUUACAACCUCUAGGACCUAUAAAAAACAGCCCCUGGAUUUUUCAAGUGUAUCACACUCUCAGAAGAUUAUGGUUCUUAGACUGUUCCAAAACAGAGCUUUUGCACUCCCCGUCUCCCUCGGUGACAAAUUCAGCAGAGUCCUAUUGGCUGCUAUUUGUGGCUGUGUGGAACAGAGCUCCGAGAUUAAUAGCAAUGAGUUUCAGAACAAAGUGCUGCUGUUUCCCUUUGAUAAAGUCACGGGGGAACACUUUUCUCAUUUCAGUCCUUUUGAGCUGCUCAGGAGAAGAGAACUCUACGCCUGCAAAGCCGCCAGGCUAGAAAAGGGGCGGGGAAACACGAGAGAGGAAAGCAAGGCAGGAAAAGAGCUAGUGACAAAGACCUGCAACAGAAUAUUUGCAGGGAAACUUCAAAUCAGAGAGCCCAGAAAAGCAGAAGAGGAAAAAAUUACGGAGGAGAGACCACCAUUAAGAAAGACUGGGUCCCCAUUCAGGGAGUUUCCUCAGGAGGUCCGGGACUCUGCCGCCUACUACCUGCGUCUGGCUCUAGAAAACUUGGAAAAAACGGUAACCGCAGAUUCUUCUCCUCCCCGGAUGACAGUGAACCAAAAUGCAGUCAGUAAGGUUCAGUACAUGAAGCCUUUGAUCACAGAUCCUGAGAAUCCAGAGAGAUAUUCCCAGGUGAUGGUGGAUCCUAAUAAACUCUACAAUGUGGUGAAAAAGGCCAAAAAGCAGAAAUCCCAUCAGGAAGUCAUUCUGUUGAAUGGACUCAUAGACCUCGUGUUCAGCACCCGGGAGCUUGCCACAGACCACGGCCUGGGCCUGAAAGGGAAAGAUAAAGAAGAAAAGGCCCUGGAUAGGGUUAAAGUAUCGGCCUGCGAAGCAUUUCUGAGGCAAACCUGCACCAAGGAAGGCUGGAAAGAGCCAAGCCAAACUGAGUUUCAGAGAAAAUUCAGGGCCAAGAUAUGCAACGCCCGGCGGGAUCUGAAAAACUCCUUGCAGAAAUCCUCCUGAAACCUGACCUACUGUCCUAGAAGAUUCUUGCAGAAUGGAAGUGAUCCUUUUGUUCUUUCAUGCAAUAUGUGUGAAUGACAAACAGGUGUAACUGUAAAGACCCAUGUUUUUCAAUCCACCACUGAACUUCUUGUUCCAGAGCAAUAGUGUGGAAGGUGUCAGUCCUCGCUUUGGUUCCAAAUGUCAAGUCCAAGAUGUGACUGAGUCACGUUGGGUGUAGUAUAUCUGCUCUUCUGUGGUAAAUCUAUUCCCUUUGCCUCCCAGAUAGCACUAUAUCUUUGUUCCAUAUGUGCCCCCUACUAUCUGUUGCAUUCUAGAAUUCCAACUGUUGAUUUGCCUCCCAGUCAAGAUCCGUGCCAGCGGAUGACUAACCCAAGCAUCUUUGUCAGAAGGGGGAGAGAGUGCUUUAUCUAGCAGACAGCUACCAGUCCUUAAGGAACAAUCAAUCAUUUUUAUCAUUUUUAUGACCAAAGCUGUAAGUAUUUAUUGAGCACUUACUGUGUGCAGAGCACUGUAUUAAGGGCUUGGGAGAGUGCAAUACAGUAAAGUUGGUAGACAGGAUCCCUGCCCUCAAGGGGCUUACAAUCUAGUGGAAAAUGGUAGAGAUGCUUUAAGAGUUACCUUGACCAUGGCAGAGGCAGGAAUGAAUGAGAAGAGAGGCUGCUACAGGAGCCAGUCUAGAGAAGGUAGAGGGGAAUCGAUCAAUAAAUGGUCUUUAUUGUGCGU